UUUCAUUUAAUUAGGUGCUAUUUAUAUGCAGCUUGUAAAGAUAUUUCUUCAUUAUGUUUUAUCAAGCACUCUAUUGGUAUCGGUUUUAGCAGAUAUUUCAUCCACACUUUACCCUUAUAUCUACACCAACCUUAAUAACUGGCCUUGCGUUCGAUUACUCAAUGCAACAGGAACAAUAGGAUGUCAUUCUCUAAGCAAAAAAAGCGGCAUAUUAUACCAAACUAAUACUCAACAAGACAUUUCCGAUUUUGUUACAGCUAAUCCAUCAAAUGAUCAUGUGCUUGUCAUGCCAUUCUCUUUGUUAACAAAAGCCAAUCUCGAUUUAUUAGCAACUACAAAUAAAGUUACAGGAUUAAUCAUUCUUUUAUUGUCAAAUGACCAGCCAAGAUCCUCGCCUGAUUCAUCAUGUCCUAAUUGUCAAUUUGGUCUUUACGCCAAUGACACUGUUCAAUAUGAAUGGAAUCCUGAAGCACAAAAUCUCAUUGAACAAAAUUUUGAUUUCCCUAUUUUUGCCAUAAGGCCUGAAGAUGAUGUAUCGCAAGAAGUAUAUGAUUAUAUAACAGAGAGUCUUUCGUAUAAUAUAAAAAGACACUAUAAAGAUUAUCCUUUAAAGGCAAUGGAUUUUGAUUUGUUUAUGUGGGCUGCUGUCAAUUCAGAAACUUGUCUUCGAAGAAAGUGGUGUCAAGUAGUAGGUGGUUUAUCUGUGUUUUCUUCUCCUUCAUUAGACAUUCAACAUGAUGAUGAUAAACCAAUUAUUGUAGUUUCUGCUGGUAUCGAUAGUCGAUCUCUAUUCCAUGAUUUAACAAUAGGUGUAUCAAAUGAUAUUUCUGGAUUAGUUACUGUUCUAGCUAUUGCAGAAGCUUUAAGCAGAGCACCAAAGCCGAUAGAUAGCUUAUCAAAGCAUGUUUUAUAUACAUUAUUUACAGCUGAAUCAUGGGGGUUUGCAGGCUCACAACGAUUUGUUAAAGAUAUAUCAUCACCAUUUACAUGUACAAAUGCCACUAGAGCCGUUCAAUGCCCUUAUACGAAUGCACCCUGUACAUUCCCCUGUGUCCGUAAUCUGUAUUUUACUAGAAUUAAUUUCGAAAAGAUAGACUCUUACUUUGAAUUCCAAUCUGUAUCCGGCAUAAAUAACAAUAACAAUACCUUUAUUCAUGUGGAUCACCUUCUACAUAAUCAACCUUUAAUAUCUGCCCUUCUAAAAGAUAGUAAACAUCUUAAAUUAGCUUCAGAAGAUGGUAUUGACCGUAAACUUCCACCCAGUAGUGCCAUGAGCUUUUUACAAAAGAAAAGAGACAUAAAAGCAGUUGUUAUUAGUGAUUACCAAAAGAUUCUCGGAAGUUAUUAUAAUAGUGAUAUGGAUAGUGUUCUGGAUUUAUCAUUCACCACAAAUUAUAUCUGUAAUUUAGUUAAUUCAACUGCAAAUACUAUCUAUAGACUAGCAUCUAAUUCGACAGUAGAAGCAGAAAUUUCAGCGAAUUGUACCUUAAUUUCAUCUUUGCUUGAUUGUUUAACUUAUAAUUUUUCGUGUCCGUUGAUGAAAGAGUAUUUUAAUGUCACUGCCGUUGAGAGAAUUUCACAUUAUUCAUCUGUAUACUCAUUUACAAAUCCUCAACCUGAUCUAUUGCAAAGAUUUGCAUUUAAUUUCCUUGCAGGUGUAACAGGAAAAUCAUCAUCAAGUUCAGCACAUUGUUAUAGCAUACAAGAUUGUAAAAGUGGAGAAUAUUGCAUCAAACAAAAAUGUACAGCUUCAUUUACAACCUAUCAUGAAGCAUAUGGUACAGGAUUACAAUAUGAUGAAUCUACCAACAAAGUGAAAGUGAUUGACCCAACAAAAGGAACUUGGACAGAAAGCACUUGGAAUGAUCCAUCAGUACGUAUAUUUUCUGUCAUCUCUAAAACGCAUCAAGUUGUUGAAUUGAUGGUGGGUCUAAUAUGGACUAUAACAAGCAUUAUUAUUGUCUUUAUCACAAAAAAGUACCUGAAAAAGACUUUGAAAUAUGAUUAACAGGGCAUGCAUCAUUUUCUUUGUUACCUUUUAUUAUAUACAUAUCAUAGUCCCCAAAAGCCACUAUUCCUAUCUACAAUAUAAUACAUUAAAGAUAAAAAAAAACUACUCAGAUGCAUAAUAUAUUUAUCUAGAAUGAGUUUAUUUCUUGACAUAACCAGACUGGUUAUUGUGUUACAUAACAUAAAUAAAUAG